AUGGGGGAGUCGACAGGCCUCCGAGAUCCGAAGGCUGAAAAGUUCGGAGCGCCCGUGCGCACGUGCAUCGAUAGAGACAAAUAUUUGAAAUUAGACGCCGGCUUGGCCGUCAUGCGCUCGGGCCUGGAUGUCGAGUCUCUGAACGCUCAGGCGCUCAAGCUCAAGCUCAAGCUCUAG